AUUACUACUUACUUUGUAGUUGUUUGGGGUCAGGAGAAAAUGGGAAAGUUCCAAAGGGUCUGUGUCUUCUGUGGAAGUAAUUCGGGGAAAAGAAAAAUAUUCAGCGAUGCAGCUCUUGAUCUGGGAAGAGAAUUGGUGGAGAGGAAGAUGGAUUUGGUGUAUGGAGGAGGCAGUGUUGGGCUGAUGGGAUUGGUUUCUCAGACAACUUUUGAUGGUGGAUGCCAUGUGCUUGGAGUUAUCCCAAGUGCACUUAUUCCUAUUGAGAUAUCUGGCCAAGCAGUUGGAGAAGUGUUGAUUGUCUCAGAUAUGCACGAAAGGAAGGCUGAAAUGGCUCGUCGAGCUGAUGCUUUUAUUGCUCUUCCGGGUGGGUAUGGAACCAUGGAAGAGUUGCUUGAGAUGAUAACAUGGUCUCAGCUUGGAAUCCACGACAAACCAGUGGGUCUCUUAAACAUUGAUGGAUACUACGAUUGCUUGCUUGGAUUGUUUGACAAAGGUGUGGAAGAAGGAUUUAUUAAACCGCAUGCUAGGAAUAUUAUCAUAUCUGCAAGUACUGCUCGAGAGCUGAUACAGAGGAUGGAGGUACUGAUAUAUUUUCUUUCUACAUUAAUCACAUACAAAAUAAAAACAGCUUUUGUACAUUUCUAAAACCGCAGAACUAUGUUCAAUCAUUGAAAUAGUUAACCAAAAGAAGAAAAUCCGACUGAAGUGCUUUCUCCUAU